UGGUUGCCCAGCAGCUUGCCAACGCGGUAGGCGGCGUGAUGUCCGGGGCGGCCGCCGGUAUGAGCCAACCCAUCCUCAUCCCUUUCAACGCAGGCGGACACCUGGGAGGGCAGCAGGGCCUCGUGCUCUCCCUGCCCACGGCCAACAUCCAGAGCCUGGUGGCUGCUGCUGCUGCAGGGGGCAUCAUGACGCUCCCCCUCCAGAACCUGCAAGCUACCUCAUCACUGAACUCCCAGCUCCAACACCUGCAGCAGCUCCAACAGAUGCAACAGCAUCACCACCAGCAGCAACAGCAACAUCAGCAGCAGCAGCAGCAGCAGCAGCAACACCAUCACCAACAGACCCACCCCCACACCCAGAACCAGCUGCCACCCCAGCAUCACAUGACCCCACCCAGCCAGCAGCAGACCUCAGUCCCUUCUCCAGGCUCCACCUGCUCCUCCACCUCUGGACAUCCACAGCAGUCCCCGCCACACCGGCAGAACCAGUCGCCGGCCCGCAGCCUUCCUUCGCCCGUCACACCGCCCAUGCCCCAGCUGCUGAAUCCACUUGCUAGCCAGGCGGCGGUAGCGGCUGCAGCAGCUAUGGGAUCCAUCGCAGGGUCUCAGGUGUUUGGAAACACCCUGUCGAACCUGCAAGGAGCCACGGGACAGCUGGUCACCAACGCACAAGGACAGAUAAUUGGAACAAUCCCACUGAUGCCCAACUCUGCAGGGCCCUCCAGCCAAUCAGGGGGUGGCAACCCAGCACUGCAGGUACAGCCAAUUACACCUCAGCUUCUGACCAACGCUCAAGGCCAGAUCAUCGCCACGGUGAUCGGCAAUCAGAUCCUGCCUGUCAUCAACACCCAGGGAAUCACGCUGUCGCCAAUCAAGCCGGGACAGCAGCAGGGUCAGUCAGGCCCGGCGUCGUCUCAGCCCAACAUGCUCCACAUGCCCCACAGACAGAGUCCUCUCCACCAGGCCUCCUCCUCCUCCUCCACCUCCUCCUCCUCCUCGGCGCUCAGCGUGGGGCAGCUGGUCAGCAACCCGCAGACCGCCCCCAGCGAGGUGGACGGGGUCAACCUGGAGGAGAUUCGAGAAUUUGCCAAAGCAUUCAAGAUCCGCCGGCUGUCCCUGGGCCUGACACAGACUCAGGUGGGCCAGGCGCUCAGUGCCGCCGAGGGGCCGGCGUACAGCCAGUCUGCCAUCUGCAGACACACCAUCCUGAGAAGCCACUUUUUCCUACCACAGGAAGCCCAAGAGAACACAAUAGGUAGCAGUCUGACAGGAAAACUGAACCCUGGCCUUUUAUAUCCUGCCAGGUUUGAGAAGUUGGACAUCACCCCUAAAAGCGCCCAGAAGAUUAAGCCCGUUCUGGAGCGCUGGAUGGCCGAGGCUGAGGCCCGCCACCGAUCCGGCAUGCAGAACCUGACUGAGUUUAUCGGCAGCGAGCCUUCCAAAAAACGCAAGAGGCGGACCUCUUUCACCCCGCAGGCGCUCGAGAUCCUCAACAGCCACUUUGAGAAGAACACGCACCCCUCCGGACAGGAAAUGACGGAAAUAGCAGAGAAACUGAACUACGACAGGGAGGUGGUGCGGGUCUGGUUCUGCAACAAGAGGCAAGCUUUGAAAAACACAAUAAAGCGUUUGAAACAGCCCGACCUUGGCCCCGGUGCACCCAUGGACCCUCUCACUGAUUCUCUAGAGGAGCUCCCCAAAUGAACGAGCUCCUCCUCCAAAACAACAACGACAACAACAACGACAACAUCUAACAUGGAGUGCAAAAAGUGGCAGCCAUUAAAAAGAACAAAAGGUGGAUGAACUCAUCGUGACAUGAGAACUGAAAAAUGUUCCUGAGUCACCUGGAUGGACAAACAAAAACUAUGUGUUGUCAGUGUGAUUACCACAGCUAUGUAAAUGACCUUGGCGAAACCAAAAACCAGAAAAAAGAGAUUAAUAUGUGAGAAUUAUGUAAAAAAAAUAAAAAUAAACACGGUGUGCUGUUUCAAAGAGUUUUAGAGUCUGGCCGUACGGACCGGACUAUCACCCAAAUUUUGGUUCCCCCGAGGCGGGAUUUAGUAAAGAGAUCAUACCAAAUCGAAACACUAUUUACCAAAGUCUGUUGCAUCUGAGUACUAAGAAUAAUUUUGUAAUGUAAAUGUGCUCUAAAUUUCUACAUUUGUACUGGCAGAUCUAAGCUAUAUGUGUGAGGUUGAGUAAACAUUUUAUCUUUGUCUCGCUUACUUUUCUCUCUUCAUCGUUUGUAUGUAAAUAUCUUUACAAAGAACAAAAAAAGAAAAAACGCUGUCUUCGAAAAUUGAAAUCACGCCGAUGAAGUUCUCUUUUUCAACAAGAAAAAAAAUGUAACCUUUGCUGUUAAACGAUUGCAUAAUGAUGAUGAUGAUGUUUGAUUUGUGUUUCAUCUGCAGAUAUUUUCAGUCACAGUGUAACUUUGUACAACUUUUACAGGUAUUUAUUAAUAAUCUCAUGAGGUUGUUUCAGACGACGUCGGACGGAGAGUAAAUAAGGACUUGAUCACAUGAUGAUGAUGAUGAUGAUGAAGGGUUUCUGUCAAGUUGACUGCAGCUUUGUUCAGAGCUACUGUGUCAUUCUGUUGCCAAAGCCUGAUAGCCAAAGAACUCAUCAAUUUCAGCUCAAGGACUGGUGAAGAUUUUACCUUUUGAUUUUUUUCACUCCUUCCUUUUCUUACAUGUUUCCCUCUGUGGGUCAACUUUAACAAACAAAACAGAAAAAAACAUCAUGUCAAACAGCUGCGACAGUGUCUGCUGUGAUUUCCUGAUCAUUUACACACCGUGAUGUAGAAACAUGUGGUGGAUGAAUUUUCUUUAAGGUUAAUAUGUCCGUGCUUUCUUCAACUCCAACCACGUAAAGAAUAUGCCUCAUACCAGGCAUCCCGAACGAAACAAUAUAACUAGAGCUGUCAGAUGAUUAAAUAGUUAAUCAUG